AUGGCAGACCAAAUAGUAUCCCGACCUCAUCUUACUCAUUUUUCUCAAUCCACGUUUCAAAGUGUUAACCAUCAAUGGCUGAGGCAACAAAGAGGUAUUUCCUCAUUCUUCAGUUUUCAGUCCUUCCAUGUUGUCUUUUACGCUCUCUCUGAUUCCUUCUUGUAUUUGUUUUUUCUUUUUUGGUUGUUUUGCCUUUUCAGGUAUGCAGUUGUUACAGGGGCGAACAAGGGGAUUGGAUUUGAAAUAGUCAGACAGUUGGCUUCAAACGGGAUCGUAGUGGUAUUAACAGCAAGAGAUGAGAAGAGGGGUCUUGAAGCUCUCCAGAAACUGCAACACUCAGGUCUCUCAGAUCGAGUGGUUUUCCAUCAGCUUGAUGUGUCUGACCCUGCUAGCAUUACUUCUUUCGCAGAUUUCAUCAAAACCCAGUUCGGGAAACUUGAUAUCUUGGUGAACAACGCAGGGAUUGCUGGAGUGAAACUAGAUGCUGAUGUUGGGGCAGGAGCCGAAUAUGAUCGGAGUAAACUGAUUCAGAAUUCUGAGUUAGCAGAAGAAUCCUUGCAAACAAACUACUAUGGUGCUAGAAGAAUGGCUGAGGCACUCAUUUCUGUCCUGCAAUUGUCCAGUUCACCAAGGAUUGUUAACAUUUCAUCGUCCCUGGGGAAGUUAGAGAGCAUUCAAUGUAAAUGGGCUGAAGGAAUUUUAGGUGAUGCUGAAAACCUUACUGAAGAAAAAGUGGAUGAGGUGUUGAAGGAGUUUCUAAAAGAUUUUAAAGAAGGUUCUCUGGCAUCCAAAGGGUGGCCAACUUUUCUAUCUGCCUAUACAGUCUCAAAAGCAGCCAUGAAUGCCUACACAAGAAUCCUGGCCAAAAAGUAUCCAAGUUUCUGCAUCAACUGUGUCUGCCCUGGCUCUGUCAUGACAGAUAUAAAUGGAAACACUGGGAUAUUAUCUGUUGAAGUGGGUGCUUCAAGUCCUGUGAGGUUAGCCCUGCUGCGCAACGGCAGUCCUUCCGGCCUCUUUUUUGUUCAGAAGGAAGUGUCUUCUUUCUGAGCAUUACAAUAAAAUACAUAUAGCCUUUGUACGAUAGCAAAUAUAAAGAAGAGGAAAGGCUAUCUAAAUAUCUGUACUUUCAAUUGGAGUAGCUGUUAUAUUUAUACUCAUUUACAUGUUUAUUCAAGUGUUGCUGCACUUGAUCAGAAACUGGGAUAAAGUUUACAGGUGAGAUAUUGAAUAUCUAUAUUUGUUAGGUUCGGUUAUCAGUUUCUUUGUCACAUUGUUGUUGUGCUUCAGCUUCUCAGCCUUAAUAGUUUUAUCGUAAGUCAUCUGUCGCC